AUGGCAGUACUUAGGGUGAUCUUGGAAAAAGAAGGGCCUCGUUCCUUGUUUAGAGGAUUGGGCCCCAAUUUAGUGGGGGUGGCCCCUUCCAGAGCAAUAUACUUUGCUGCUUAUUCAAACUGCAAGGAAAAGUUGAAUGGUGUAUUUGAUCCUGAUUCCACCCAAGUACACAUGAUUUCAGCUGCAAUGGCAGGUUUUACCGCAAUCACGGCAACCAACCCCAUUUGGCUUAUAAAAACUCGGUUACAGCUUGAUGCAAGGAACCGUGGGGAAAAGCGAAUGGGUGCUUUUGAAUGUGUUCGUAAAGUGUAUCAGACUGAUGGACUUAGAGGAUUUUAUAGGGGCAUGUCUGCUUCAUAUGCUGGCAUAUCAGAGACUGUAAUCCAUUUCGUUAUAUAUGAAAGUAUAAAGCAAAAACUACUGGAAUAUAAAAUUGCUGCUACAAUGGAAAAUGAAGACGAGUCUGUGAAAGAAGCAUCAGAUUUUGUGGGAAUGAUGCUAGCAGCUGCCACGUCAAAAACUUGUGCCACAACGAUAGCAUAUCCACAUGAAGUUAUAAGAACAAGACUACGUGAAGAGGGAACAAAAUAUAGAUCUUUCUUUCAGACACUGUCUUUGGUUGUUCAAGAAGAAGGUUAUGGAUCUCUUUACCGUGGUCUAACAACUCAUCUGGUGAGACAGAUUCCAAACACAGCCAUCAUGAUGGCCACCUAUGAAUUGGUGGUCUACCUACUCAAUGGAUAGUAGCACAUAGGGCUGCUGUACUACAAAGAGGGAAGACCAAAAGAUUACAGUGGACCAUGGAGUAUCAAAGCCAGCCUGGUGGACAGAAGAAAAAUAGUUUGGGAACACAUAACUGUGCUUAAGUGGAAGUUUGGUUGUAAGAAUUAAAGUAAUCAUACCACAUUACUUGGUCUUUCAGUAAUGUGAA